AUGGCGUCCCGGUCACCAACCUCUCCCAUCUUCUCCCUCGUCGUCCUCCCCUUCUUGAUCUUCCUCCUCAGCUUCGCCGGCCCAGCCUCCGCCGCCGGCUCAGCUGUCCUUGGCCUCGAUGUCGGCACCGAAUACCUCAAGGCCGCCCUCGUCAAGCCUGGCAUUCCGCUCGAGAUUGUCCUCACCAAGGACUCAAAGCGCAAGGAAUCGGCAGCUGUCGCAUUCAAGCCAACCCGCGACCCCAACGCCCUCUUCCCCGAGCGAUUCUACGGUGGUGAUGCGCUCGCUCUGGCGGCUCGGUAUCCCGAUGAUACUUAUAUCAACUUGAAGACGCUAUUGGGGCUUCCGUUCGACGAUGAGACGGUUCAGAGCUAUCAGAGCCGGUUUCCCGCCUUGAAGCUGGAAAGCUCUCCAGGUGACCGCACUUCAGUCGCACUACGCAGUAAUCGGCUUGGGGACGCGGAGAAGAAAGAUGCGUUUUUGGUUGAGGAGAUCCUGGCGAUGCAACUUAAGCAGAUCAAGGCCAAUGCCGACAGCUUGGCGGGCGCGGGAUCGGAUAUUCGCGAUGUGGUGAUUACUUAUCCUGCAUUCUACACCGCUGAAGAAAAGCGCAGCUUUGAGUUAGCUGUGGAGCUGGCCGGUCUGAAUAUCGAGGCCAUGGUUAGUGAUGGACUGGCGGUUGGCUUGAACUACGCUACCAGCCGCGAUUUCCCCAAUGUUUCGAAUGGUGAGAAGCCGGAAUAUCAUGUUGUCUUCGAUAUGGGCGCUGGAUCGACCACGGCAAGCGUCCUGCGUUUUCAGAGUCGUCAGGUGAAGGAUGUUGGCAAAUACAACAAGACUAUUCAAGAGGUUCAUGUUCAAGGAGCCGGCUGGGACAAGUCGCUCGGCGGUGAUUCCCUGAAUGAUCUUAUUGUUGACGACAUGAUUGCCCACUUGGUGGAGGACAAGAAACUCAAGGACAAGGUCACCGCCGCUGAAGUUAGGGCCCAUGGAAAGACCAUGGCGAGACUCUGGAAAGACGCGGAGAAGAUUCGCCAGGUCUUGAGUGCCAACUCAGAAACCCACACCAGUUUUGAAGGCUUGUAUGACGAGAAUGUCAACUUCAAAUACAAGCUCACCCGUGCCAACUUCGAGAAGAUGGCCAAGCAACAUGCCGCCCGUGUACGAUCUCCAUUGGAACAGGCUGUGUCCGCCGCUGGUUUGCAGCUGAGCGACAUUGACUCGGUUGUUCUGCACGGCGGUGCCAUUCGGACUCCAUUUGUCCAAAAGGAACUGGAGACGGUCUGUGGGUCCUCCAAAAAGAUCCGGACCAAUGUCAAUGCCGAUGAGGCGGCCGUUUUUGGCGCCGCCUUUAAGGGCGCGGCUCUUAGCUCGAGUUUCCGCGUCAGGGAUAUCCGUUCCAGCGACGCAGCCUUCUAUCCAAUCGCCUUGAAAUGGAGCUCCGACGGCAAAGAGCGGAAUCAGAAGUUAUUCACAGCUACUUCUCACGUGGGCCCAGAGAAGCAGCUUACUGUGAAGAACCUGGACGACUUUGAAUUCAGCUUCUACCAGCUCUUCGACCAAGCUAAGGAGCUGCCUGUACUGAGCGUACAGACCCAAAAUCUCACGGCUUCCGUGGCCCGACUGCGGGAUUCCUUUGGAUGCUCGACCGCGAACAUCACUACCAAGUUUUCGAUCCGCCUCAGCCCCGUUGACGGACUUCCGGAAGUUGUCGGUGGGACUGUCAGCUGCGAAGUUGAGUCCGAGAAGAAGGGCAGCGUCGUGGAUGAUGUCAAGGGCUUCUUUGGGCUCGGCAAGAAGGAUGAGCAGCAACCGCUCGGUGACGGCGAUGAUGAACCUAGCGAAUCCAUCACGCUUGAGCCAGAGACGGAGUCUUCCACAACAUCGACUUCCAGCGAGUCUUCUACUACCACUGCCAUCAAAGAUAGCAAGAAAGCCACCCCUCAGACCAAGGAAGAGAUCAUUCCCAUCAGCCUGAAGUCAACCACGCUUGGAACCAAGGCCCCUUCGGCUUCUGAGAUGACCCGAAUCCGGGGCCGCCUGGCCGCGUUCGAUGCGUCGGACCGUGAUCGUGUCCUGCGCGAAGAAGCCCUGAACGAACUUGAGUCUUUCAUCUACCGCAGCCGUGAUCUGGUGGAUAACGAAGAGUUUGUCAAGGCUGUCAAGAAAGACCAGUUAACUCUUCUGUCCGAAAAGAUUGCCACUCACAGCGACUGGCUCUACGAGGACAGCGACCACGCCAAGACAGCGGACUUCAAGCUGAAACUCAAGGAUCUGAAGGAUAUUGUCGAUCCAGCACAGAAGCGAUUAAAGGAGAGCUCUGGCCGCCCACUGCACGUGAAGCUGUUGAAGGAUCUAAUCCAAAAUGGUGAGGGAAUGCUGGAGAAGAUUCAGAAACACAUCGAAGGAGCCGAGAAGGAAUACUCAUCCUCGCUCUCGGAGUCAAGCAGCACCUCCUCUUCCACCGCAACCCCAGCCGCUUCGAGCGAUCCACUCGAUGAUCUCGAUGAGGACGCGUACUCCCCCUCGUCAUCCCCGACCUCCACCAAAAAAUCUGCCGCGGCCAAGCCUACCGGCCCGGCGUACGGACUCUUCACUCCUACCGAGCUCUCGAUCCUAUCAAAGGCCUACGAUUACGCCCAUCCCUGGCUGGAGAACAAGCUCGCCGAGCAGGAGAAGCUCACGGAGUCGGAUGACCCCGUCCUGACCCUGGCGGACAUCGACUCCCGCAUCAAGGAGUUCGAACGCGUUCUGAACCGCUUGUACAAGAAAAUGGACGCCGCUGCAGAUAAGGAAACCGGAGCUGCGGACAAAUUAAAGGCCGAGAAGGAGCGACAGGCCAAGGCGAAAGACGAUAAAAAGAAGACCAAGAAACAGUCCGAGGCCAAGGGUAAGAAGGCCACGGAGAAAGAGGCGGCCAAGGAAAAAGAGGAGGAGGAUCGGAAAGACGAGCUUUGA